UGCUCUUAUUGUCUCACCCUGAAAGUGGGGAGAAUACAAAAAGAUUUUAUGCAGUGUUUUGCAAACACACAGAUGCUCUAAACCCCACUGUGGUCAGGGUUCUCAUGCAGGGUGUUUUCAGUUGUGUAUACAAGACCCUUUGAGCAGAAAGCAACACACUUCCUACUGAUCCCAAGGCUCCUGCACGAUUCAUUUAUGUGAAUCAUAAUGAGUUUGUUUUUAAAUUGGUGUAAAUACUAUUAGUUUUAUCAGUCCUUCUAGAGCUGACAGGAUUAAGAGUUACUGAAGAGAUCAGAAUGGAGAUGAGAAACUGUCCUCCGCGUUCACGGCCUCAGUGUUCUCAUCAUCAGCGCCAGCAACCCAGAAGGCUGGGCUACAAGCAGCGUGGUUACAGAGUGGCUGCAGUGUGUUUUGGCCUACUGUCCAUUCUUCUGGCUGUUGCCAUCAUAAUCCUCGCUAUAAAGUACACCCAGCAACAGAUACAUUACAAAAGGAACCUGACUGAACAGAUCAACCAGUUACAGGAGGAGAAUGCUGCACUUCAGAGGAUGCUGACAGAUAUAGAUGAACAGGCCAAACUAGGAUGGAUUUACUUCCACUCCAGUUUUUACUUCAUCUCUGCUCAAACGAAAAGCUGGAUUGAAAGCAGAGAGGACUGCAAAAGAAACGGAGCAGACCUUGUGAUCAUCAAGACUGAGGAGGCACAGGAUUUUCUUGUCAAGCAGCUGGGCAGUGAUAGGGCUUGGAUUGGUUUACAUGACAGAGACACAGAGGGGACCUGGAAAUGGGUGGACGGUACACCACUAACCACUGCGUACUGGGCUCCAAGGGAACCCAAUAAUGACCAUAAUGAAGACUGUGCUGAGAUUUUGGGUUUUACAGGUAAAGAGGCCUGGAAUGAUGUGCCAUGUACUAAGAAAGUGAGAUGGAUCUGUGAGAAACCUGCUUCUCUCUGAUUAAACUUGGCGGCUGUCAGCGAGUGAUUUCCAACGACCGGCACAAGAUGACCACAUCUGCUUUAAAUAUUACUCCUAAAUUAGCAGUUCCUGAAAUAUUCAAAUCAGUCCCAUCUACCUGCUGAAGACCUGCAUCUGCAUGAGCUAAUGCACUGUGCUGCUGCAACAUGACUGGCUGACUGGAAAACUGCAGUAAUGUCCAGAUAUUCCUAAGAAACUGAACUGCGAGUGAUAGUCUAAUGAAAAGCCAGAUUUCAACAUUCCAAACCUUUUUUACAGAGCUAUUAGCUAGCUAGUUUCUUUUGUUUAGCUAAUUUACUGUCUAUGGAUGCACUGUAAGCAUUUUUCCCCAAACUGUGUUAACUAAUGCAUCUGUAGUAAUGAAACCGUUAACUUAUAGUUUUACUUUACUGCUUUAAUAGAUACAAAAAUCAAUUACAUUAACUUGCACUUUUAGUAUUGAAGAAUCUAACCAA